CCACUGCGCUGACUCAAGUCGGUGUCUGCCGCCUUCUCCUCUACACCAGAAGGAACACCACCAAAGAUUUGUCCAUGUCUUCAGAUCAGGACAGCUGCUACCUGUGUAAGGAAUACCUCAGGGACCCGGUGUCCAUCCCAUGUGGUCACGUCUUCUGCUCCAUCUGCCUGAAGACAUACUGGGACCAUGCUGACCACACCGGCUCCUACCAGUGCCCUGAGUGCAGGGUGACCUACAACAAGAGGCCCACUCCGAGGCGCAUGGGAGGCUCCCGCUAUGUAACCACGCAACGCAGCUCAGAGAUCUUUCCACCGCCACCUCCAUCCCCUGACUACAACUAUGCAGGACCGCAGGAUGUGGGUUGUGACAUAUGCGUCGGCAAGAAGCACAAAGCCAUCAAGACCUGCCUGAUGUGCCUGGCCUCCUACUGCGAGAAGCACCUCAAGCCCCACUACGAGUCGGCCACGUUUAAAAGACACAAGCUGGUGGACGAAAUCGGCCACCUGGACAGGCAGAUCUGCCCGCAGCAUCAGAAAGGUCUGGAGCUGUUCUGCCGCACUGACGAGAUGUGCAUCUGUGUGCUGUGCACGGUGAAGGAGCACAAGGGUCAUGACAUGGUGACGGCAGAGCAGGAGAGAGCCGACGAACAGCAACGACUGGGCGCCACACAGGCUGAGAUCCAGGAGAGGAUUCAUGACCGCCUGAAGCAGAUGGAGGAACUAAAGCAUGCAGUGGACGCACUCAAGAACUCGGCACAGAGAGCGCUGCAGGAUUGCGAGAAGAUGUUCGGUGACAUGAUGCGCUCCAUUGAGAGGAUGCAGCAGGAGAUGACCAAGCUGAUAUCGUCCAACAAGAGAGCAGCACUCAACAACGCAGAGGGCCACAUGGAGCGUCUGACCCAUGAGAUCGCUGACCUGAAGAGGAGAGACAAUGAGAUCACCCAGCUGUCCCGCACCGAGGACCACAUCCACUUCAUCCAGAGCUACCACAUGCUGAUAGCCCAGACAGAAGCUGAGGAGCUGCCGUCAGUUUCCGUCAAUCCCUACUUCAGCUUCGGCCCCGUGACUAAGUCUGUGUCCGAGAUGAAGCAGCACAUGAACGAAUUCAGCAAUGAUGAGCUGGUGAAGGUCGCCAAGACCGUGAACAAGAUGAGCUUCUGUCAGCUGAAUGACCCUAAAAGGAAGAAGUCCAUCAAAAGUGAAGAAGCUGUGAUGUACAAGUCUGUCCCCGUCCAGGAGCCUCAUUACAGAGAAGACUUCCUGAGAUAUGCUUGUCAGCUCACUCUGGACCCAAACACGGCCUACAGACAGCUCUACUUGUCUCGAGGAAACAGAAAAGCCGCCUUAAAGAGGGACGCCCAGUCUUACAGUGACAACGCCGCCCGGUUUGACUCCCUGCCACAAGUCCUGUGUAAGGAGCCUCUCACUGGGGGGUGCUACUACUGGGAGGUAGAAUGGAGUGGGGAGGGGGCGGCCAUUGGAGUCACCUACAAAAGCAUCAAGAGGACGGGCUACGGCGACAACUGCCGCAUUGGCUACAACCGCAAGUCCUGGAGCCUGUUCUGCUCCGACUCCAGCUACUCCGCCCGCCACAACAAGGAGCAGAUCGAUGUCAAAGCGCCUUACUCCUCCCGCAUCGGGGUGUUCCUGGACCACGACGGGGGCGCUCUCUCCUUCUACGCCAUCGGAGAGACCAUGUCUCUCAUCCACCGCUUCAAGGCCUCGUUUAGUGAACCUGUGUAUCCGGGCUUCUGGGUUUGGUAUGAGUCAGCGGUCACCAUCCUGCAGCUGUGAUUCACAUCUGACGAUCACUGUACGAAUGUUUACUGAAAACAGUGCUCUGUACGUGUACAUGCACGUUUUUACAAUAGAUUUGUUUUUUACAUACAAAAAUGUGCUGGUCAGGGAAAAUGUGAUGAAUGUGAAUUUUUUUAAUCAAUGUGGAAAAGGUUCCUGAGGUAGAAGGGGACGGGGCAUUAACAAUUUAUUAACAAAUAAUCAAAGCUGUAUUGAUUGAUAUGUUAUUACCCUUUGAUAUAAUGCCUAUUUUUUUUAUCAGUAGAAAUUAUAAAACAAACUGGUUUCAUUUUGUUUCACAUUUUGUAUAAUAAAAACACUAUUAAUACGUUUUUAAAGCCCAGCUUCUUAUUCACACAAAAAGGCAAACUACAGAUGAUAUUUCCCAUCAGUGAUUAAUUAUAAAAAGUUUAUGUUAAAGCAGGAGUGUUGGUUUUGGAAGAUUUAGCAGAAUAGGCAAACAGAAAGUAAGAGGUUUGGAGUUAAAACGUGUAAUGUCUAAAUAUAUUUGUCAUGUAGUCAAUUCAGGUUUUAUUUAAUUUUAUGUUGUUGUCAAAAUGAAGUUAUUUUGAUAU